UGCGCAGUGAUGGCUUCAGCGCUCCUUAUGCCUGAAUUUGUGCUUUUCUGAGCAAGGAGCGCUCCUGCGCUUGAGCUAAAGCCGUUAGAGCCCUCGAGAAAUGCCUGUAGUAAGGAACCUCCUCAGAACAGAUAAUGACACACUGCCAUGAAUGCCCUUCAUCCAACAGGCAUUUAUCGAGAGCCCAGUGUAUGCCAGGCCCUGGUGCGCUGGGUGCUGCUACCGAAGCGAGCAUGAGCAAUGCAGGGAAGGUCAGAUCGCCAAGGAGCGGACAGCUUUCCAAGCAGCAGCCCCAUGCCCAACACACUGCCCAGCACACAGUAGGCGCUUCGUGCAAGGCAAGGAAUGGACUGGCAGUGUCAAGACCUCUGGGGAUUCUGCGCCAGGCGGGGACGCUGCAUGGAGGAGGGUAGGCAAUAGGGGGAGCUGUGGGGUCGCCUGGCGGGCCACAGCCGCGCAGAACCCUGGGCUGGGUUGGGCAGGGCCCAGGGCUCCUUCCUGUCGGAGGUGCGGAUGGCGGAUGGCGGCGGGGCUGGACUCGGGGCAUCCACCGGGCUGGAGGCGGCGACGCUGCAGAAGCUGGCGCUUCGGCGGAAGAAGGUGGUGGGCGCGGAGGACAUGGAGCUGUACGAGCUGGCGCAGGCUGCGGGCGCCACCGUCGACCCCGACGUGUUCAAGAUCCUAGUGGACUUGCUGAAUCUUAACGUGGCUCCCCUCGCGGUCUUCCAGAUGCUGAAGUCCAUGUGUGCUGGGCAGCGGCUGGCAAGUGAGCCCCAGGACUGUGUGUCCAUGUCUCUGCCCACGUCAGAGACCCGAGGGAGAAACAGAGACGGCCCCACUCUCAGCAGUGCAUCUACAUUGGCAGAACGUGGCAGCCGAGAAGGAUCCAUGCAGAGGAUCCCCCGCCAGCCCAGUGCUACCAGACUGCCCAAGGUGGGCGGGCCGGGGAAGAGCACCUCCCGAGGCAGCUCCUAGGCGGAACAGAGACUGCAUUUGGCACCACUGUCCUUCGGGCAAAUGCCUCCCACCUCUUCCCUCCCUAAAUCCUUCUGAGAAGCAGAGCAUCUGGAUGGACAUUCUCUACCAUGUUUGGAUAUUAUUAAAGCAUAGAAUUUGAGUGAGUUCUA